AUGCAGUAUAUUGAUACUCAGCCUGACUGCCUUGGCAAAGCCACCCAGUCACACAGCCCGCGCCGGCGGCCAACGAAUUUCAUUGGAAGUGCGAGGGAUGCCGAAAGAAUUCCCGGGGGCAGAAGGGCGACAAAUUACACGACACAUAGCAUGUCAGCUCAACGUGUCGGUGGUGGCUCACGGGCUACAUCUCUGCCCGUAGCUUGGCUCCUUCCCUCCCCCUGGUUCCUGGUUGCGUUUGGGCGAAGUCGAUGCUGUGUUACCUGCUGUAAAUAUGCAUGUAGUGCGACUGAUGCUGCACCAGAACACGUCCGCACCUCCAGUCGCACUGUUGGUACACAAUCCAGAUCAAGUGGCCCAGAACAUGUCAGCCUUUUUGACUGCUUCCUCGUGGCAUCUCGCAGUUUUUCAGUGAGCAUCAUGUUCCCAGUCCUCGUCUUGCUAGUCGUCGGUACAUCUUCAGCCAUCGCAUAUGACCCGUACACGCCAGCAACCACGUGGGCGUUUCCCAAUGUCAGCGCGCCCGCUCCAACAGUAGCUCUGAGCUGCAAUUUCACUGCUUUCGGUCCAACUUGGACCCAAUACUACAAUAAUCCCGGCGGCGGCGACGGAAAAGGACCGUCAACACCAGCCAACCUGACGGGCGUCAGUACGGCGACAAAGUCGUGCGAGGCAUGUUGCAUUUACAGAUUCAUCCUGUCUCAACAGUGGACGUGGUCAUAUCUCUCUCCCACUCCUGUGGUAGUCGGCACCGAGAUUGUCGUGGUCGACCGGCAGAGAAACCGCACCUCGACUACUACCAAAUUGUUAACCACAUCUGCAGUCGUUUCUGGGGAGAAAUACGGCCCUGAUGGCUGGCAGAGGAACGGGACAUUCUUCGGGUCCACCCUUUACGCACCUAAAACCCAAACUGUAUUCGAUCUGAACGGUGACAACCAGACAUUUACUUAUCCUACGCCUUUCUCUCAAAUUCAGAACUUUCAGAGAUGGAAAGGCCAAGUGCCUUUGACUGAGAACGGGACAGUCCUGUGUAUCACCAAUGAUGGGGCAAAAUCUCCGCUUCCGACUCCAACGAACACACCGACUUUCGUGCCCGGCUCAGCCGAUGCGAAUGAUCCCAAUGGUAUAUGGUGGACAAUGAAGCCAGCUUUUGAUCUUGCAAGGAGAUUGGACCUGAACAACGUUACCAGCUGGUUCGGCACAGGAGGCGUCGUUUCAGCAGUCAGAGAGUCGUGCUAUCAACCGAACAUGGCCGCACCUCUGACCAGUGUCAACAUUGCUUCUUUUCUGCUUGAGACCACAACCUCUUUUGGCUCAGUCGCGGCGCCAGAAUCGGUCAGAAAGCAGGUGACGCCAACACCAAUGCCUGUGGUGGAAGACCCGUUUGAGCAGCCUACGAGUGGACGAGCUGCUCCCGACACGCCAGCCUCACCUUUCCCGUCGACUGUGGCAGUGGCUCCAGUCGCGUGGCCGACGCCAGCAGAGGCUGGCCUCUCCAAUACAGAAGAUCCGGCGGAGAGUUCCGCUCCUGCGCCAACAGCACAGGACAACUCGCCAUCGAGACCGCAGCCAGGAUCAGAUGGGGAGUUCGGAGGCAGUCUGGCUGAUGAAGGGCUUGCAGAAGUGACCACUACUCACAACGCCCUCAGCGUGCUCGAGUCAGCCGCCAGCCCAAGCGUGGGACAAGACCAGACCAACCCGGCGCCAGCGACCAUGGCGAACAUUGGUGAUAUCAUUGCUUCCGCGCUGGGAAUGACACUGCAGUCUGACGCAGUCCAAGAAGACUUGAGAUCGGUUGUUAGCAGUGCGGAUGCUGUUCGUGAGUCAGCCAACACGAAGGAAGGCAGUGUCGAGGCUCAGAACCCUUCUGCCAUAGCUACAGCUGGAUCACAGACUAUCAUACCCGGUCCGUCCGGGUCUGGCGUCACCGUCCUUGAUGCGCAGUCCACUCAAGUUGUGGUCGCUGGCAUCCAGACCACUGUCGGUGGAAUGGCUCUCUCGGUGGGACCGGCCAACGUGGUUCUCGGCGAGAGCACAAUACCUAUGGCCAGGCCAGUUGGACCAGCAGUCGUAGCGGCCGAGGGCCAGGAUCUAAUGCAAAGCACACGCGUGAGCCAAGGUGCUUUACCAAUAGCUACGGUCGGAUCGCGGACAAUUGGAGCGGAUCCGUCGAGUCCGGGUAUCGUGGUUGUUGAUGCGACGAGUACAUACAACCUUGCUCCUGACGCUCAAACUAGCAUCGACAAUGUGCUUGUAUCAGUCGGAUCCUCGGAUAUUGUCAUUGAUGGCAGCACCCUCCCUGUUCCAGCAUUAACAGGAAGCCAGAUCACGGAGGAUAACAUGGAACACGAUCCCACUGCCAUAGCCACAGUCGAUUCACGGACCAUUGUAGCUAUUCCUUCUGGAUCUGGUGUCAUCGUGGCGGAUGCAAUGACCUCCUAUACUCUUACGCCAGGGGCCCUUACUAGCAUCGGUGAGGUGCCAGUAUCCAUAGGCGCCGAAGACAUUGUCGUUGGCAGUAGCACGAUACAGUACCCGUCCUGGCAUCAACUGCAUCUGCGCUCUCGGCGAGUACUUCCCUGGUUCCGGAUCUCGUUGCUGUAG